AUGCCGCGUCACUGCUCGGCUGCUGGCUGCUGCACACGGGACACACGUGAGACGCGCAAGCGCGGCAUCUCCUUCCACAGACUCCCCAAGAAAGACAGCCCCCGGCGAGGCUUGUGGUUGGCCAACUGCCAGCGUCUGGACCCUAGCGGCCAGGGCCUGUGGGACCCGGCGUCGGAAUACAUCUACUUCUGCUCCAAACACUUCGAGGAGAACUGCUUCGAGCUGGUGGGAAUCAGCGGUUAUCACCGGCUGAAGGAAGGGGCAGUUCCCACCAUAUUUGAAUCUUUCUCCAAGUUGCGUCCAACAGCAUCUAAACCCAAGGGCCGUGGCUACUCGGCAAAUCGGCUCCCGCGAUGUCCGAAGCGCUGCUCUGAGGGGCAAGGACACCCAAGUCCAUUUUCCCCACCACUGCCCGUGGACGUGCCGUGCUUUCCAGUGGAAGAGGCCUCAGCCCCUGCAGCUUUGUGUACCUCGCCAGCUGGAAGGCUGGAGCCUGGCCUCAGCAGCCCCUUCUCUGACCUUCUGGGGCCUCUGGGCGCCCAGGCAGAUGAAGCAGGCUGUAGCACCCAGCCCUCUGAGCGGGAGGCUGAUCAGCAGCACUCUCCCCUGGAGCCUCGGCCCGUGUCCCCUUCCGCCUACAUGCUCCGCCUGCCACCCCCCGCAGGUGCCUACAUCCAGAACGAGCACAGCUACCAGGUGGGCAGCGCCCUGCUGUGGAAGCGCCGGGCAGAGGCAGCCCUUAAUGCCUUGGACAAGGCCCAACGCCAGCUGCAGGCCUGCAAGCGGCGGGAGCAGCGGCUGCGCCUGCGCCUCACCAAGCUGCAGCAAGAGCGCGCGCGGGAGAAGCGGGCACAGGCCGACGCGAGGCAGACUCUGAAGGCCCAUGUCCAGGACUUUGCCAUGCAGCUGGGCAGCCUGGCCUGA